AUGGGCUUCUCCAGGCUCUUCGGCGGGCACGAUCAACCCAAGGCAGCUGGAGCGAAGGAAGCAUCCAGUACGAAAGGUGUUGGCGUUGACGUGCCGUACUGGAAGAAGCUUCCAAGGAGAUACGAGCAGCUGAAGCGCAAGGCGGCGGAGUUACGACGGCGGAGGGAGCACCAGGAGAAGCGCGCCAAGCAGCUGGCGCUGCAGCGGGAACGCGCGCAGCAAAAGGCGAAGGAACGGCAGCAACGAGAGAGGAAACCAGUGAAGUCGCAGGCGCAGCAACAGCAGCUGACGCCUAGCACGAGAAUGGACAUUUGCGAACAGGAGUGCCUUAGAAAGCCUGGUAACGAGCAUGCUUAUAUGGAGGAUCUAAUGAGCCCUCGCAGUGUAUGUGAUAGUAAUCGUGCUAUGGAGCACGGUCAGGCAGCUUAG